CUUCGGUUCUCAGUUCGACUCGCGCUGUUGAAACGUUUGCUUCGCUUUGGUUCGAUCUUUGGCAGCGUGCAAAAACAAUUUCCAUCGCCUAUAUAAUUAGAAUCUAUUUCUGUUUAUAAAUAUCAGGCCUAUACAUAUAGGAGGGCCCGCAGAAACCCAUAAAAAUAUUACUAGUUUUCAAAAUAGUUACCACUAAAUAUUGGAAAAUUAAGGCCGAAGGAGCCAAACAGGAAGUUUUGUGAACUGCAAGUGAUGUAACCAACAGGAAUCCCAUCCGAUCCUCACCUGCUCUCUUUUUGCCAAAUCGUUUCUGCGUCGCAUUUUGUUUACUUUCCGAGUGAAACCAAAACAGAGACAUGUCGAAGAAGUGCAGUGUUCGGUCUCUGAGCGACAGUGCUCUGGCCGAGCUGGCCAAUCUCCUGGUGUCCACCAUCAGCUACGUUCAGUACGCUCCCGACGUCCACCUGGACAUCAAUAUAGUGAUGGUCGAGCUGAACGAGUAUCUGGCCCAGUCUGGCGCCACUUCGAAUAUCUACCAGGAUCUAUUACGGGUCAUACUCAGUUCGGACUAUCUGGAUGCCAACAUGCGGUUCACCUGCCUCCAGAUGUUGCUCAAUUGUGGAGUAACGUUCUUGGUCACCGAGGUGUUUCCUUUCAGCUACUACGAAAAAAUUUUGCAGGUGAUAGCCGCCCAAGGAGCAGGACUUCGGGUGCUCAACAUCAAGGGAAUCUGGGUGAAGGAGGAGCACAUGCACUACAUGUACGAGAUCGUCCGACGGUGCAAACAGUUGGUGAAGCUCUACGUCCCCUACAUAGCCAACGAUCAGUUGCUGGAGGAGAUUGGCAAGUGCUCGACCCGCCUCCAAAUAUUGGAUAUUUCCGGGGAAACAGAUAUUACCGAAAUAGGCAUCGAUGUCUUGGCCAAGGGCGUGUGCUGUCAAUCGCUGACAGUGGUGGAUGUGGGAAUGCCGGGCGAGGAGAAUAUCUGUCAUUCCGACAUUGCCCUAAUCCUGGAACACUGUCCCCAAGUGGAAACCCUGUCCACAUACUCCUUUGUAGGCGCCGCCCUAAAGUUUAUUUAUGAUAACGUGGACGACCGUUUCAAGUGCCGGCUGAAAUAUGUCCAUGACACGGGAACGGACGAGAGUGCUCUCCAUGUGAUAAUGUCGACUUGUCCUCGACUGGAGACCCUUUACCUGGACACCCCCAAGACGGGGUGCUUGAGGGCACUGCACACCAGAACCCUGCGAAAACUGAAGAUCUACAAGUUUGUGGUGGCGGAGCUACUCCCACUCCUGGAACGACCGAUUGGCAGAAAUCUCAGACAUCUGACAAUGAUCAAGGGAACCGGUAACCUGGAACUGGGUAAGCUGGCCAGGCUCUGUCCAUCACUGAUCGAUCUCGACUGCUACAUGAUCGACAGCCUCUCUUAUGGACAGGCCCAUGCCAAGUUUCAGCAGCUGGAGGGCCUCGAGAUCCUCAGCAGCGCCAUUAUGACCAGUUCUUUGAAGGCCUUCCUCUGCAAUUCCACAGAUCUGAAGCGUCUGGCUGUGGAUACCGUCGAAUUUACGGAUGAAGAUAUUAUGAGCAUGUUUGUUCAGCACGAUUUUAAAGUUUUGGAGGAUAUUUGGUUUACUUUGGCGCCGGAGCUCACUGUACAGGCUGUGGAGCUUCUGAUGGAUAGUUGUCCGGAGUUGCAGUCGGUGGGACAAUUAACUGGAUGGUCCUUAACGCCGGAUGAUUUGGCGCUAAUUCGGGGACUUUUAAAAAGCGGCAAUUCGAGCAUUGUACUGACACCAAACGGUUUUCUCGCUUGACGCCUUCAGUAGCUUUGAUGCUAUCGUCUUUCCCUCACCAACAAGAAGAGCAAACGUUUUUGUAAAAGCAAAAGAAAAAAGUUUAUUGUACUUAAUUUACUUGUGAUAUUAUAAAAAUAAAAAUUAAACCUAAAUUUAAAAAAUUUCAGUGUGACCAUAGGCGGGAAAAAUUAGAGUUGCCAAGUCACUUUUCUGUGCGACAAGUUGGCAUGGCUACACAGCUGUGGACGGGUGUUGCCAUGGUGCCGCAAGUCGCCGACAAUUAAUAUACACACAAUUUAUUCACUGAAAAUCAAGACUCGUACGGAAACUGAUUAAAGAGAAAUGGAAAGAAUAUAUUUGUUUAAAUUUGUCAAAGGAAAUUUUCUAAAAUCAUUGACCUUUUGAGUGCGGCGUCUAGGGUUUGGGCAGCUCUACAACCCUGGCCUCGACGUAUACCUUUUAUGCGCAAAAAAAGUGAAGAAUCGGAGGAAAACGCAGACGGAAACCAUUGAAUUUAUCCAUGAAUCUCAUUUUGAAGUUAACCGAAAAUAGCAUUUUAUGGUGAUCGCACCUGAAGCCAACAUAAAACGCAACGUGGCAGUGAUAUUUGAACGAUGAAAGCACGCAAAAAAUAAAAACCAAAAAACUUCCGCAGACGUCAGCAAGUACCGAGCAAG